UAGCAUCUAUUUUGGUCCGUCCACUCAUGUUAUCAGUCUUCUUUAGACAGACUCUAUUCCCCCCUCUCCCUGUCUUUCUCUCCCAGACUCAUAGUAGCCACUCAGGAACAGAGGCAGCAUGGCCGACAGGAACACAGGACGCUCCAGCGUCAAGAAGAAGGAGAAGACAACCAGCAAACCGCUAGAAGAGAAGGAGAAAGACAAGACCAAGGAGAAGGCUGUGAAGAAGUCACAGGAGAAACCGGCCAAGAAGACUGAGAAGAGCCCCAAACCGCCGGCCAAGGUGGAGGAAGGAGGGCUGGAGGACAAGGAGAAGGCUGGAGAUGGAGAGGCAGUCGGGGGAGCUGAGGCCAAAGACCCAGGAGACAAUGGCGACUUCCAGCCCAUUGAGCUGCCGCCGUUUGAGAUCGUCACCGGGCAGCAGAUGAGCCCGUUCUACUUCAGGUUCCAGUUCAGGAAUGUGGAGUACUCGUCGGGCCGGAACAAGACCCUGCUGUGCUUCCGGGUGGACGUGCCGGGGGCCGACGUGGACCCCCUCAUGGGCUACAUGGAGGACGAGCACGCCACCGCACACGCCGAGGAAGCCUUCUUCGAUCAGGUGCUCCCUAAAAAUAACGGCUCACAGGGCUACGACAUCACGUGGUACGUGUCGUCCAGCCCGUGCACGGCCUGCGUCGCCAAGGUGACGAGCGUGCUGCGCCAGCGGCAGACGGUGCGCCUCACCCUCCUAUGCUCCCGCCUCUUCCAGUGGGAGGAGCCCGAGACCUGCGAGGGCCUGAAGGCUCUGGCCGGCGCCGGCUGCAAGCUGAGGAUGAUGAAGCCCGCCGACUUCCAGCACGUGUGGGAGACGUACGUGGAGAGGGAGGAGGAGAGCUUCGCGCCGUGGGAGGACUGCCAGGACAACUACAACUACUACACUGAGAGGCUGGCCGGGAUCCUCAAGUAGGCGUCGCCCGCGCCAGCGAGCGUGGCAUCCCGUGUAUAUAGUAGACCGCCGCCACGACCUUGGGCCGGAGGUCAAUAAAUGCUUCCGGUGGAACGGUUUGAUACUUUGGUGUUGGUUUGUAGGUGUUUCAUUGCUGUUUUAUUGGUUGGUUAGUGCAGGGCCAAUUAGGCCUUACAGGGCCUAAAUUACAUUUUUCCCCGGUAAAGGGACAUGUUCCCUUGAAUGAUAUAAUUAGGGUAUAUGUCUGUACGAAGCGACAAUGCACCACACCACCUAGGCGGCUUUUCUGGGCUACUCCAACCAAAGGACAUAGGCUGGUUAUGUUGAAGCCAGUUUAAUGUAAGUUUAGCAGGUAAUGAACAUGGCAAGGGGGCUCCACUGCUAUGCAGGAGAUCUUCCCUAGUGUGCUUGGAGGCUCAGCCAGCCCCAGAAUCAGACUGGGCCAGGUGAGGCUACUUAAACCUGCCAUCAUCCACACACUCUCAUAAUGUAAUUAUGAUAACACUAGUAAGACAACAGAAAACAUCAAUGGUAAGUUGUCUAGGACCAAUAUAAACUUCUGACAUAUGCCUACAUCUUCAUACAGAUAAGGGAGAUGCUGGAUAGUCAGUUUGAUGUUAGAGGCAGAAGUAUGUAUGCUGCCAUCUGGUGUUUGCUCCAAUAAUUUCAUAUCAAACCAUCCUACAUCAGUAGGUUCCCAUUAAAACAUGUACAAUGCAACAAUAAACCAUAAACAUCAAUGAAAAAAUAAUAAUAAUUUGCAACUGUUUAACCAAGUCAGGUCAGAAGAAUGGUUCGAGUCAUCACGGUUCAACCAGGUCAAUAUUUAAAGGACUUUAGUCCACCAUUGGUCUCGGACGUCUCAGCUAGAGGGAGAAGCACAUGGAAACACAGAUACAAAUCGUUUACUACUGUGCCAAAAAUAAGUAUUUGCAGAUCAUUCAGAAAUGUAUUUAUAUUAUUGUGAUUGUACCUUCGACCUCAGAGAAACUUAAUGGAAGAGGUGUUGAUUCAUGGCAAACGGGGUCUAUGUCUGCUGCAUCUACAUGAAAAAUAAUUAAGAUCAACCACAUAAGGCAUGUGAACAAAGCAUGACUAAAGCACGGACACACAGUAAGUAACAACUCUUAUGUAUCCAAGCAGAGCAAAGCUGAUUUCUUCAAUCAGAUUUAAAUAGUGUCCUGUUAUUGGCCAACCAUUUUUUAUGUGUUUUUCAAACGGCGUGACCUGUUUGCGGGGUCAAGCUUUACCUUUAGUUAAAGCCGGCUUUUCUUCAUCACUGACGUACUCCGCCAGUGGACAAGGUGCAACUGUGUGGAGAACGGGAGGGGAUUUGGAAUUGAUUAAAAUGCAUGCAAAGAAAACCAAUCCACCAGCAUUAAAGCCCAAUUUCCAUGAAAACGUGGAGCACAACCAAAGAACAGUGUCAUUUCACAGCACAUGCAUGAAAGUCACACCUCAACAGUAACCCGAACACAUACCAUCACUAGCUUGCAGCUCCGCCCUGGUGAGAAAGAGGUUGACCUCUUCGGGUUUGUCUUCGCUCGUGACUGUGGGAAAACAGAAGUAAUGUGCUACCCUAUUAUGCUGAUGAGAACUGGCCCUUGUGUACAGCAAUUAUCAGGCCAGAGACAUGGUAAUUGAAUACAUGCAGUCUUCAUUUAGAUUGCUUGGUUCGAUAAUACUGAGAUCAUUUUGGGUCAUCUAUACAAAUCAAAUGCCAUGGCACCAAGAAUGUUGAAACAAAGAUGUAAGACCUGGUUUGCGUGUUAUUCUCAUCACAAUGCAUCCGAUGAAGACAGCGAUGAUGCCGAAGAACAGACAUCCAGAUAUGGAGAGCAGAACUCUUCUCUUAAGAACUACAAACAAGAUGGAGGAAAACCAUAAAUAUAUUGAUUACGGAUAUUAAUAAUAAUAAUAAUAAUAAUAUUAUAAAUAAUAUAAAAGGAAUAAGAUGGCAAAUACAAUUAAAUCCAUAACAUGUUGUCCAACCUGUCCCAACAGCUAUUUCUAACCAGAUCUUACUAAUCCUGAGCCUAUGAAGAACAAACACUGGGUCUGAGGUCACUCUAGCUACUAAGAGCUAUCAAAACUCCCGCUACUACUCACGGAGAUUGGUGGUCUUGAAGGGUUCACUUCGCUGGGAAUACAAAGGCCGUGAAGAGCGGUUGCCCAUGCAGCUGUAGUGGCUCUGGUUCACGUCUUUACUCAUGACCGGGUGUUUGGCGUUAAAAGACAACGGGGACUGCUCACUUCCUCCAAACCUUGAUGUUAUCAGCAUUUUCAAUUAGUUCAAGUCAAGUCAAUUCAAUUUUAUUUGUAUAGCCCUUAAUCACCAGGACAGCCUCAAAGGAUUUAACAGGCCAUAUACUUAUGACACCCCCCUGACCCUAGCCACCCAGAGGGCAAGAAAAAAUGGAACGCAGAGCGGGGGAUCCCUCCUUCCAGGGAUGAUCCGGAGUGCAAUGGGUGCCAUCAUUGACAUACUGUAAAUACAUACAUAUUUACAGGCAAAACAUUUUAAAUCGUCGAUGGGGUGCUGGCCAGUUAACCAUAAAGAGAGUCCAGGCAUCCAGUCGUUGCAUCGGAACGGCUGCGUGGGCACCGACACCAGGAUGAAUCGGGCCCGAACGGAUGAAUCCGGGAGGAGAUGAUGGAUGCGUGACAGAGUGGCACAGAGUACACACUUAAGAGUUCAGUACCUACCAUGUGUAGUUCCACGUGUCUUCGCUCCCGUGCACCUCGCAUUUCAGAUCCAGCCGAUCGGCGGAGAACACCUCAGACCACCCUGUUAGAAGGGUCACCGUGGCCCUGGGACGCACUGUCCGGAGGGAAACCAAUCGUCUAACGCUGGAGAUGUUGUUGCGUACAAAGAUGGCUCAUAAAAAAGAAAACGCACCAACCUUCAACGCUGAUGCUUAUUGUAUUACUGUCCUCUGUGGUAAAGGGUGGUUCCUGUCCUCUUGUUGCACGGCAUCGAUGCGCCCCGGCGUUGACAGAGGAGGCCGAUGGGAUGGUGUAGUUCUCCCCUUGAUUCGGGAGUUUCGCUGAGUCCUUGAACCAAUGGAACUCCCAUCCAGAUGAAGUGCUAACCUUACAGCUGAAUUUGAUUGAUUCCUUGGCAUACAUCUUCCGAUGCCCGGGAUCUUGUAUUAGCUCUGGUGUAGGUUUCUUAUCUGGAGGUAUGUAGGCAUAAUCAUAAUCAACUAUGUUCAGAUGUUGUGGCCAGAGGGAAAAACACCUAGUCUUUUGCCAUUGUUCAAUAGAUGGACAGAUCUGACAUUUCCCUUAUUAAUACAAUGACGUCAUUCUUUUCCCAUAGUCAUUUUCGGUUUCUGCAAUAAUAAAUAUCCUAAAACCUAAUAUUUGUUUGUUUUACGAUCAUAAUAAUGCAGUAUAACUACUAUAUUCCCAGACGCCCAAACAUACUUGCUCAACACAGGGUUCCUUCUUUAAGGUAGUAGUGGGUCUGUUGUCUUAAAGGGAUAAUUUAACAAAUUAAACAUUAGUUUAAUUAAUUGACAUCUCCAAUUAAUUUACUUGAAUUAAAUACAUAUUAACUGCCAAAUGACCCAACCACCUUAGUGUACAUCACCUGGAACCGCUGAGAUAAGAAAAGACUGAUGUGUCAUACAUUUCAUACGCAACGAAUAAUGACAUUUUGCAGGAUACUCACCAUAGACAGAUAAGGAGAGCGGCUUGCUGUGUUCAGACGUAACAGGUGCUCUGCCUUUGAGUUGUCCUGUACAGUUGUACUCUCCCUCAUGCUCCUGUCUAGCAGAGCUAAUCACAAGCUGGGAUCCGUCGGACCCAAAAGAGACACCUGGCACCGCCAUCUUUUGUCCUCCUCUGUACCAAGUGUAGGUCCAGUCGUCUGGGCUGUCCUGCAUCUUACAGUUCAUCUCCGCUUUCUCAGAGGGGAAGACAUCAGGCCAUGGUGUCUGGAGAGCCACCAAUGGAACAGGAAUCUCUGCAGAAAAGGCAACACUUGUAUGUUCCCGUUGUCGCCAACAGUGAGAAUCACUUAGGUCGGAUUUGACCAACGGGAAUAUCCACUUGAAUACCAAUUAACAAGUGAAAGAAUGAGGCAAAAUGUAUGUUGAUGUGGAAAUUAACUGCCCCCAAUAGUCUUUCUUAAACGGCAAGUUGGCAUUUUAUUCUCUUAUGGUAUAAAUAAUGGGCUACGAGAAUAAACUAUUAUGAUAUUGGUCUUUUAUGAGUUCUUUAGAUUCUUCGCCUCUUCUCCAUAAUGUUUGGUUAACUCUUGUCUUGUCAAUUUUCUUUUCUUCUCUUCUUCUGCUUUACCGCGUCUCUCAUGCAUCAUUGCGUAGAGUCGGUAAACUUCGUUAGUGGCCUGUUGCUUUAAAUAUUGCCGCCGUGAACGAUUAUGGGUUACAUACGGUAUAUCUCCUUUCCUUUCGUAAAGGUUGGUCAGGAGUAUCCUAUGCUAAAGGUGGGUUAAAGGUUGCAUCAAGGCACUUUUCCGACACAUUUUUUUUUAAUUCGAACAACCAGUUUGAGUUUAGUGUAGUUGUAAAGCAAAACUUUUCGGCUGCUCACUUGAUCUGCUUUUCGUUGUUUUAUUUCUCGUAGAUAUGACCGCCCUUUUAUUAAU